GCCAACAUGCCCUUCCCAAGGCGUCGGUCUUCAUUCUUGGGGUCCCACCCUUCAUCCAGCCUUGAGAGUCCAGGGGCCUCAGGCUCCCGGGUCAGUGUUAUAGGAAAUAACCUAGGUAGCCUCCCCAGACCCCCAGGAGUAUAUGUGGGGUCAGUGCCAACUGGAGGAGUGAGCAGCCUGGGCACCCGAGUGUCCCGCCGGGCCCUGGGCAUUAGCAGCGUCUUUCUGCAGGGUCUGAGGAGCUCGUCCACAGCCCUCGCUCUGAGCCCAGGACUGGAGAAGAACAGAGGCAUCUUCUUUGAGUCCCUGAAUGGCUGCAUGAUAGAGUACAUUGAAAAGGUCCGCGCCUUGGAGCAGGUGAACAGGGAGUUGGAGGAACAUCUGCGGGUCUACCUGGAGAAGAAAGCCUCAAGCAUCAGCAACUGGGGAGCCCUGCGGGAGACCUGGGAGAGCAUCUACCAUCAGGUGGGUGAUGCCGUCUUGGACAAUGCUAGGCUUAUGCUGCAGACAGAGAAUACUCAGGCUUGCGCCGAAGAUUUUAAAGAGAGAUAUGAAAAUGAGCAGCCCUUCCGAAAAGCAGCUGAAGAUGAAAUUAAUUCCCUGUAUAAAGUGAUUGACGAUGCUAAUUUGACUAAAAUGGAUCUAGAGAGCCAGAUUGAAAGCAUGAAAGAAGAACUGGCUUUUUUGUCAAGGAACCAUGAAGAGGAUGUGAAGGUGCUAUACAAACAGCUGGCCGGGUCAGAACUGGAAGGAAUGGAUGCUCCCAUUGGUACGGGCUUAGACGACAUUCUGGAAACCAUCAGAAUUCACUGGGAGAAGGAUAUAGAGAAGAACCGGGCAGAAACAGGGGCCUUGCUCUAUGCCAAGCAACAUUCCCAAGUGGCCCAGGCAGCUCGGUCCCAAGAGGAAGAAUUGGUGGAAGCCCUGAGGGUAGAGUUUCAUGAUACUGCUUGUAAUAUUCAGCGCCUUCAAGCUGAGACGGAAUCCUUGAGAACCUUGAAAAGAGGUCUGGAGAACUCGUUGUAUGACGCCAAACACUGGCACGACAUCGAGCUCCAGAACCUGGGCUCGGUUAUCGCCAAGCUCGAAGCGGAGCUUGGGGAAAUCCAGAGGGAAACCGAGCAGCAGCAAAAAGACCGGGAGCAUCUGUUGUCUGGCAAGUUACAACUGGAGAAAGACAUCGUGUCCUAUCACUGCCUUCUGGAUAGAGAAGGAAGCAGGUAUUUGUUUAUUCCAGUGUGGAAACCAUAG